GAGUGGCGAAGAUGAAGAGGGGUUAUUGAACAAGGGUCUAUUUGCGAUCCGACGAGGUGGCCAGGAAAUCUCGGCACGAUUGAAUAGCCUUCCUAGUCUUCCUGGUGGAAAUCGCAAGAAACAAAGUGUCGAUCUCUCAAGCUCACACACUUUAUUCCCUCCUUCGAUUUCCUCUGCUCGUGUAUCCCCUGAUAUUGGUGGUCCAAGGCGCCUAUAUAGUGAUGGACAUACUUCACCAUUCAUUCCAGAGGAACGAGCGCUAAGUGCAGACGAAGGCACGAGGAAGCAUCAAAGGCCACUCCUCUCCAGCUUUAGUAUGCACUCUGCCCUCACGACUCCCAACUUUAGCAUGUCGUUUACAACGACUCCACCCAGCAUGACACCACCAAGAUUCAAGACAAAGAGUUUGGAUCUGCCACCUAGUCGUCCUACAACUUCGAGGAGGCCAUCUGCUCAACGGACGAUUCCGCCGACUACAGCACCACUGGAAGUUAAUUCGGACGAUGAAGGAGUGCCCCGACGUCUCCAGAGAAACCGUUUCCACCCCCGAAACCUCUCCAAGAACGGUCGUGAUUCUGUCUAUUUACACAAUCACAUUGAGAGGAGGUUGAGCAUGAGCGACCUGUCGGAUUGGCGAGAUGUUCCUUGUCUUAAUUCCGAGCAGAUGAAAAUUGAUGUUCAUUAUGUGAGCUCCCUUGCUGAAUUGAGUAGGCGGAAACGCCGUUUGCAACUAGCUGCAGAUUCAGUAAAGGAACUCAUGGGCUCGCUCGUCCUCGUGGAAGAAAUCUUGCGUCAUGGACAAGAGAGGCAAAAAUUGGCACGAGAGGAUCUCAACAGGAAAGUCGACAAUAUACUACCAGCCGUUGAAGAACUCUCUGCCAUCCGUGCACUUCCUAUGGAAACAAGGAGUCUUACUUUUUCCGCGAUACCCCGGGACGCACCCUUCAAAUCUAACGCGAUAACGGCCGCGGAGACACUUAAAUCUUCAAAAUACAAGGCCUACGGUGAUAUUGAAAGAAUAGCUACACUCAAGGCGGAUGUACAAAGACAUAGGGAUCAAUUCUGGCAACAACGACGUCUCGCCUAUCUCCCUCCAGAAACCAAAAAAGACGAAGAAGACUUGACGUUGUCUCUCGGCAGCAAAUGUCCGUUCCUUUGGAGUCUUCAGUUCAUGUACAAACUCAUGCUUUUGACCGUCCUUUGGGCUGGGAUGUUCAGGCGCGGAGAAAUUCAAUCCAGUGUAGACGACGGGUGGAGGCGAUCCACCGUCUUCGGAACUAGAUUGGAUCGAAAAGGGAGGACCCAGGCGGAUAUCGAUAAUAUUGACCGUGAAGUUAUGGAAGACCGGGAGUUGGAAUGGACCAUGAAGCCCUCCAUGAUUA